UGCAACUUUUUAUCACAGGUGGAUAAGGUGUCUCGGGGAACUAAACAUGGAUUGAUUUCAUCUUCUCUUCGUGUGUACAUUUGUUUAAACAUUUUUUUAUUAUUUCUUUUUUCAUAUGGAAAAAGGGAGCAGAGGCGUCGCUGGAAAGAAAAGGAGGCUGAUCUGGGAAAGAAUUAUAAAGAGGGAACGCAAAAGAAGACAAGGCCAUGCAUUUCGGAGUCCUGUGCUUUUUUUCAUUCACCUCUGCUCUGUCCCAUAUGAGCUUUCUUAUUUUUGUUUUUUUAUUUUUAUUUCUUUUCCUUUGUCAUCUCCUUUGUCUUACAUUGAUGAUGUGAUAUGACUAUUGAACAACAUUAUUAGAAGAAACCAAAUUUCUUGACGAUUUAAA